GAAAGACAGGCAGGAAGGUUAGAAGAUUUUUUUUCUUUCUGCAGAGAGAGAGAAAGAGAGAGAGGCUUGGUGGUAAGGGCGAAGCCAUGGACAUGGAGCAGCAGAUCGAGCACAGGCACAUCCCCAUCCGAGGCCUCAACCUCCACGUCGCCCAGGCCGGCAAAGGCGACAAGGGGACGGUGGUGUUCUUGCACGGGUUCCCGGAGAUUUGGUACUCGUGGCGCCACCAGAUGGUAGCCGUGGCCGCCGCCGGGUACCGCGCCGUCGCGCCGGACUGGCGCGGCUAUGGGCUCUCCGACCAGCCGCCGGUGGAGGAGGAGGUGUCGUACGACGACCUGCUGGAUGACCUCCUCGGCAUCCUCGACGCCCUCUCUGUCCCCAAGGCAUUCCUUGUGGGGAAGGAUUUCGGAGCCGUGCCCGCCUACGAUUUCGCUCUCCGGCACCCUGAUCGAGUCUGCGGUGUGAUGUGCUUAGGCAUCCCUUUCACUCCUUUCACUUCCUCCUUCGCCACCAUGCCGGAAGGAUUCUACAUGUUGCGUUGGCUGGAACCUGGAAGAGCGGAGGCGGACUUCGACAGGUACGAUGUCAAGAGAGUUGUGCGAACCAUCUACAUUCUGUUCUCAGGCAGUGAGAUCCCCAUAGCGAAAGCAGAUCAAGAGAUCACUGACCUAGCAGACUUGUCGACGCCCCUUCCAGAGUGGUUCAGUGAGGAGGAUCUCGCUGUCUACGCAUCCCUCUAUGAGAAGUCCGGUUUCCGGUAUCCACUGAAGAUGCCAUACAGAUCACUCCAUAAGAGGCACACGAUUGUGGAUCCAAAGUUCCAAGUCCCGGUGUUUGUCGUCAUGGGGGUGAAAGACUACGUCUACAAGCUCUUCGAGUCCGUUUUGAAAGAAGGCACCAUGGGGAUGUUUGCGCCGGACCUGAAGAUCGCCUACGUCCCUGAAGGAAGCCACUUCGUGCAGGAGCAGUUCCCUGACAAGGUGAAUGAGCUGCUCAUUGGCUUCUUGAAGGACCAUCCGGUUCCAGUGGCUGCGUAGAUGCUAAAGUUGACCGCGCUAGCUGCACCUCAGGCCUGCUCGAUUCCAUGAGCCCUGUUUUAUAUGGAUCUCCAAUAAAGGAAUCUGUCAGCUGUGACCUCUGGCAUUGUUGUGAGUAUGCGAUUUAUGCUUGAAGCAAGGGUAUAGUGUAUUCUGUUUGUAAAUGUAUAAUCUUGGUACUUAUCAACAAUAUACAUACUUCUUUCUCUUUCAAAGAACAAUAUACAUAUUCUUGUCCA